UGUUCUUGCGAGAGUUUGACGACCGCAGGCGCGUAGGAGCGGCUAAUGGCGGCGUCAGUCAGCGUCGGGGGCAAGCGCUGCUAACGGUCAGUCGGAGGGAGGCGCACGGGCGCCUAGCUCCCGGCAGAGGCACCGGUGUGCGUCAUGUGUGUCCACAGCCGACCGGUGAGCUAAUAUGAUGUGGAGCACCAAAUCUGAUGAGGCAUCUCCACUACACCAAGAAGAAAUGCAGACCAGGGAUACAAGGCGAGACGUGGCCUCAGCAUGGGAUACGGUCAACCAGACAAAAGCUGCGUUGCGACACAUAGAGAACAGGCUGGAAGCUGUUCCUACUAGUACUGCUGUCUUAGACACUGUGAUGGACAACAAGAAGUCCCUGGGAAGUGCUUCCAGGAAAGUCAGUAGGAAAGAUGGAAGGUAUGUGGAGGAUACUGUGGGCAAUGCUUCAGCUGGCAAGUCCAACAUUUGUAGCAAAUCACGAAAGGGCAAAAUUUCCCGGAGCCCCUUGAGAUCUACUACCCUGGAAAACAACAUUAAGAAGAGCAGUCAAGUAGAAUUGAGAGAUGCUUUAUCAUCAUAUAGGGAAUUAGAUGGCACUAUUCAACCCUGUCUGACUGCUAGCCAACUGGAAGCUCAGCACCUCCUUUCCAAUUUGACCUCGAAUGAAUCCCAAGGGAAAGAGAGUGAAAGUCAUCACAUGAUAUAUGAACGAGACAACCGGAGUUACCACAGUUUGGAUAAUGACAGCACGCAAUCAACUGCAGUGGAUGAAACUGUGGUGAAAUUUCUCAAUGACCAAUUAGCACUUGAUGCCCUGCACAAUUCUGCACUUUAUAAAACUUUGAGCCGAGAUACACUAGGACAAAAGGGUGAAGGCAUCAAAGGCUUCCACACUAAGGCACUGAGUAAUGAUGUGGAUGCAAAGAGUGAACGGCCAUCUGAGCAUUCUCAGCUGUCCUCCCCGAGUUCCACUUCUGACUCGGUGAUGCAGAGACUAGAGAUCAUGCGCAGGAAGCAACAUGAUGACAAACUUGAGAAACUGAAGGAGCGAAUUAGAAAGCAACGAGAACAUUCAGAGGAGCCAGUUGAAAGGGACCGGCAGCUAAACCUCUAUGAAUUCCCUGUUGUGCCUAGUGUAGGUACUGCAGUUCCUACCACCAAAGUUAGAAAGGUUGCUCUGGCACCACCUGCUCCAUCAUACAAAGGUUUCAAUCCUACAGAGACCAAAGUUCGGACUCCUGAUGGCAAAGUUUGGUGUGAAGAUGAAAUACACAAUAUUAGCAAGGAUCUAUACCGGGACUUCACGUUCCAGUUGGCAGAAAAUAGCAAGGUGAAAGAAACUACGUGUGAAAAAGCCAGAGAGAAGAAAGUUACCAAACCUGUGCGUAAAGUACAGAAAGUAACUCCAACUAGCCCUGACAUGAAACCAAAUGCCCAUGUUAUCAGCACGGCUUCGUGGCGUGAAGGCCAGAAACUGGUAAAAAUGGUUCUGGGACCUGCACCAAAGAUGGUAACUGAAAGUAAGUUGGACACUAGCUUGAAAACCAGGAGAGAGAGGAAUGCCACAUCUAAAAAUGCCAGAAGAACAGACCUUGACCCUAGACUUGAAGUUUCCAAAAAGUCAAGGCCCAGAAGCUCUGAGUCCCGCACAAUAAAGCAGCCUUUUGGGGAUGACUGGAGGAAGGAAGAAGGGCAAAAUAAACUGGAAGUGCUGAAUACACAUGUGCUACCAGCGGAAGUAAGAGGGAUCCUUGAUGAUCUUCAGCUUGAGGGAACUCGGAAAGGUUCAGAAGAAAAGACAAAUUUGGAAGGUGGCAAACAUACUACAGGAGGCCAUGCCUUCUCCAGAAGUGUGAGCCCAAUUAAGAGAAAGCAGGAGAAGUCCAACCUGAGCACUGAAAUGCAGCUGAAGCGUUUGAGGCAUUAUGAUGCAGAGGAGGUCAGGCAGUAUAUUGCCAGGCAACAAGUAGAGAGAAAGAAAAGACAGACAGAAGAGAAGAAGGCUCAGAAGGAAGCAAUGGAACAGAAGAACAAACGGUUGCAAGAACUCUACAGGAAACAAAAAGAAGCCUUCUCAAAGCCCAAGCCAGAACCCAUGUGCCAAAAAUAUUUACAGGAGACUUUCUCAAGAUGUGUAACUGAGCUAGCGAAGUUUAAUGAGCUGCUUCCCAAACAAUCAGUAUCAGAGGAGAAACAGCCAAAAGCCAUCUAUCAGCCUUCAGGAGAAUCUGACAAAGAGAACAAGGGACAGGAUCGCCCUCUUAGUGCCUCAUCGAGCAGUGACAUGUCUCUGUCCGAAUCUCAUCAGCCUCCAGGCAGACAUGAACAUUUGGAGCCCUCAAGGAUACCUCCUCAUCAAGUCAACCCAAUAGCUCAGGCAACUCACCCUUCUACUGGGGUUAAUCUCUUCUCUCACCUGUUAAACCUGGAACCCCGAAGUUUGUUGCCCGGGGAUUUUGAAACAACAGCAAAGCAAAAGGAUGCUCCACAAAAAGGACAUGUGCAUUCCCUCCAGUGCCCACCCUCCAGCUCUUUGCCGUUGGAUCACACGUUAGCUGGGCAAAAGUCCACAGUCCCGUACAAAAGCAAACUGGACCGCAUUGAGGCACUGAAAGCAACAGCAGCCUCCCUUUCUAAUCGGAUUGAGAAUGAAGCAAAGAAGCUGGCAGGUGCUGGCAUCAACUAUGGCAACAUGCAGGCCUCUGAGCAUGACGUGCUGCAGACCUCUUGGGAUGACAGGCACAGGCCCAAGCUGGCCAGCCCACCUGUUCGCGACGGUGGCUGUGAAAAUACUUCAUCCAGAAUUUGGAGAAUCCAAGGAUCCAAUGUGGGCUACACUACCUAUGAGGAUCAGCUUCCAGGGGUUGGCAAUUUGUAUGAAUGUAAAAAGCUUGGUGAGUUGCCACAGUGUGACAAUUUUUCAGCAAAGCGUCCUGAAAAAUGCCAGGAAGUCACUUGGGAAAGCACCUAUAAGAGGUCCCUUGAGGCCCUGGAACAAAACCUACAAAAGCUUAAUCGAGAAAGGAAUCAAUUUGAUUCUCUCAAUUCCAGCGGGGGCUCAAUCAGUGAAGGGCCACUACUAAGUGAAGGAAGUCUCUCAGAGGAGGAUGGUCAGUCAAGUUCCAGAGACUCAACUAAAUUAGCACAAACAUUAAAGGACAAGGAUUUCUGUGCAGAAGUGUCAAAUCCUUCCCAGCCAAUGGUAGAAUUUCAGAAAGAAGCAGAAAAAUGCCAGCCUCUCCAGCUACAAUUGGAGGGAUACAAAGGCAAAGCUCCCUGGGAAGAGCUAGCCAAGGGAAGCCCUUACAGUGUAAUUAACAUCUUUACAAAGAGCUACCAGUUCUGUGGGAAAGGAAGUUUAGAGGAGCAGUCUGAUAGAGGAUCCCCAACUCUGCAACCUCUAAUAUAUUCAGCAAGCCCUGAAGUUCCUGAUGUAUAUGAAGAUGAUUUCCUUUCCUCUCACAGCAGCACAGUUGUAAGCAGAAAGUUCCCCUCAUACCAAAGUAGUUGUGCCAGCAGUUCUUCCAGUAUCUGUGAGGAGCUUCCCAGCAAAAAAUCUCAAGAAAGGAGGCCUGGAGAACUGUCCCCUCGAUCUUCAGUGCACCAUUCUACACCCUCCUCCCGAUCAUCCAGUUCUUCAAGAAAGAAAAUAAAAAUAGAUAGUGCAGAUGUUAAGGGAAAUGUGCGACGUUCUCCUGUGGAUGACAGUACAUGGCUAUCUGCAAGUAGCUUAGAUCAAGCCUCUGCUGAAGGAAAGGUACUUGACCUGGGACAAAGUGUAAUUGGUGCUCCUGAGCAAGUGCAAGAUUCUAAUGGCACUACAGAAGAAACCCUCAUUGUAUCUCCUGCCAGUGUCCAGAUGGAAACCAUGAAGCCCAAGAAAGCUGCAAGCUGUUUGUCCUUUCAAUCUGCUAUCAGUGCUGCAUCCCAGAAACCUUUACAGAAUGACACAGCAACUGGAGCAGGAGAUGGGACAAGACAAAAUGCCAGCACAGCCUAUCUGCCUUCACCUUCUCCUGCCUUCAGGCCAUUACUUCCUGACAUCAGUGGGACAGGAGCUAAACUUCCUUCAUCCUCAGCUGCAGCCUCCAUGUUAAGUUCCCCACUUGCACUCCAGCAUCGCAUGAGUGCUGAACUUGCUUACUUGGAUGCAAUAGAGGACUCUGUUCGUCAGCUUUCAGAGAUGGAGAAGAUUCGAGGAAUUGCACUUGCUCAACAGGAGAGUGUAUCUUUGGCUCAGAUCCUGAAGGCUCAGCAACAGAGACAUGAGCAUGACUUGGCCUUGCUGAAGCUAAAGGCGGACCAAGAAAAGUUGGCAACUCAGAAGCAGCUGGAAGAGGCCAAGCAGAAAGCAGCGCAGAUUCUUCAACCUCCUUUAUACACCAUGAAACAAUUUCAGACCCACAAGACACAUGCAGAGAGCCUUCUGCAGUUUGCACAGACACACCAAGAGAUGCUACAAGAGUCCACAAAUAAAAUUAUGGUUCAACAAGUGGAGACUGCUAAGCUGACUGCAGAUACCACACGCCAGAUCAAAGAGAUGAGUGAUCUAGCAUACGUUCAGAUUGCAACAGGAUCUCCAACCACUGUGGCUACCAACCUAUCACGUGGAGCAAUCACUGCACCAGUUAUGGCACUGUUGGACCAAAAGAAGCUGCAGCAAUCUGAACUUGUGAAGCAACUGCAUGUAAAGAUUGAAUCUGAAGGAAUUAAUGAAUGUACAGAUGUGAUGAACGCAACAGUGAGCAACAGGAGGAGUAACAAUAGCCCUUCAUCUAUUGGUCCUGUGGAGAAAUCACAUGAUUCUAAAGUUCACUAUUCAGCUUCAUUAGACAGCCUAUCUGAGUCAUCCAGAUAUAAACAUCAUGAUCAAAGUGGUGGCAGCAGUAUUCAAGAGAGUCCUUCCUUAGCUUCCUCUGAAAAGGGAGCAGAGAGCAGGGCUUCCCAUGGUGAGAAGGGAGAUAGCUCUGUUGAAGAGGAGGUGCACACAGCAGCUGGUGACUCAAUACAAAGUGCCAGUAUGCAACCUUUGCCUGAUGAUAAAGAUUCAGCUUCUAUUGCCACUGAGUAUUCUUUGAAAUUUGAUGAAUCAAUGACAGAAGAUGAAAUUGAAGAGAAAUCCUUUCGUUCCCUUUUGCCAUCUGAGAGCCACCGCCGCUUUAACAUGGAGCGGAAGCGCAGCAGGCUGGAUGAUUCGGAUGAGGAAACUGCCAGGGACCAGUCAACCUUGACAGCUGUCAAACAUGAUUUGAGUAUGCCCUUCUCUGGCGGCCAGGACAGUUUCUCCAAAUUUACAAUGGAGAUGGUAAGACAGUACAUGAAAGAGGAAGAAAUGCGUGCCCAGCAUCAAGUAUCACUCCUCAAGUUGCGUGAACGAGCUUUGAAGGAAAAGACAAAAGCUGAGCUGGCCUGGCUGGAACAUCAGAAGAAGCGUCUAAGAGACAAAGGGGAAGAUGAUAAAAUGCCACCAAUCCGUAAGCGACAGCGUGGGCUACUUCUCAGGCUGCAGCAAGAGCAGGCUGAAAUCAAACGCCUUCAAGAAGCCAAUAGGGCUGCUCGCAAGGAAAGACAGUUGAUCCUGAAACAGCAGGAGGAGAUCCAGCGUUUGCGCCAGACCACUAUUAAAAUACAGGAGAAACUCAAAUCAGCUGGAGAGGGCAAGCUGGAGCUGCGGAGCACAGAACAAAUCGAGGAAUUAAAUGUUCCAAAAGUGAGCCAUGCUUCCAGCCCCUUGCAGACAGAUAUGGAGACACGGAGUCCUUCCCCCAUUUCUGUCUCGGGCAGUGAAACCAGCAGCAUCAUGCAGAAACUGAAGAAGAUGCGUAGUCAGAUGGAUGAAAAGUUUCUCACUAAGCGAGAGCAAAAGCUGAUGCAUCGGCGUCGGCAUGCAGAGGAGUUACUUGAGUGGAAAAGACGGCUUGAUGCUGAGGAAGCUGAGAUCCGGCAGAUGGAAAAAUUAGCCUUGGCUGCAUGGAACAAGGAGCUAAAACCAAAGGCAUCAAGGAGAGAAUCAAAUGAAAGAAGUCCAGGGGGUAAGGAUACAGCCAGUGAGGAAGAAUGCUCAGCACCAUCCCAAUCUCAUCUCCACAGUGACAGCUCUAUUCCAUAUGAAAUUGGAAGCCCACUUGCACAGACUGUGCAGUCGGCAUCAGCAGUCCUCCGAACAUCCACCAGCCCCGAGCACAGUGUUUUCACAGAUGAUGGUUAUUCUCAGGACUUUGAAACUAUUGCAACACCUAGCAAGCAGUCUGCUUCCUCAAAAGCAAGUGUCAGUGCAUCGAACCAAGAUGGGAAGAAGAAUAACUCCAGCCCCAGUUUACAGAUGAGGUCUGAAGUAAGGUCAUGCCAAGGAUCCUGCAGCUGGUCUGAUGAAUCUGUUUCUGUCACACAAUCAGAGACAGCAUCUGACCAGAGUGAUAUUGAGGGCAGGAUACAUGCACUGAAAGAUGAGCUGAGGAAACGUAAAUCUAUUGUGGACAAACUGAAGAAAGAGCAAAAGAAACGUCAUAAGGAGAGAUUGAAAGCACAGGAGGCCAGUCUCAUUAAACAACUAGAGUCCUAUGAUGAAUUUAUUAAGAAGACGCAAGCAGAACUGAACAAAGAAGUGUCCAGUUCCACCAAACCACAAAUCAAAACCCCUUCCUCCAUUGCUGCUGAGAAGCCCAAGAUUAAACCACUUUCUCUACAGAGGACUGAAUCUGCAAAGAGCUGGAAAUCGCUUACUGAGGGUGAAAGAUGUAAAGUGUCAUUGAAUUCCGUUGUUAAACAGGAGCAAAGAUCUUCAAGUCCUGAUGGACAGAAAUCCAGCUGUCCCAGUGAAUUUCAAGUAUCGGAGAAAAGCAAGUCCACACUCAUUGAUAGUCGAGCUGAUGAUUUCUCUAUACCAAUUUCCAUACCUGAAAAGAAAUCUCAACUGGAUAAUGUACCAGCAAUCUUGCCUCAAAAGGCAAUACCUGAAUUUAGCCACUUGCCAGAUCCAUCUGUCAGCAGGUCAGAGAGUGGGUCUAGUGAUAAAAUAGUGUCUAAUUAUCGAUCUGUGCAAGAUGAUGUUCAGGAAGAACUUGAAAAUAUAAAAUCAGAAGAAUCUGAAAUAGAUGACUUAUUUGGACUUCCUGAACAAAAUGAUAAAUCUGAACCCUUGCUAAAAUUAGAUGAUAAGAAAGCACAGCCUCUCUGCGUCCCUGAGUUUAUUCAAAAAUUGCCUCAAGAAACAGAUCUUCCUAAAAGUGAAAAGUACCCUUUUCAAAUCGAGCAUUUUGAGGAUCUGAAGGAUGAGAAAUGCUACUUGGGUGAAGAAGGCGGCUCUGAAAAGGAGGAUCAUUCAGCUAAUUCUAUGAAAUUUAUAGAAUCGAUUAAAUACGAUACUUUGGAAUAUACAAAGUCUGAUCAUCGGACUUUGGAUAAAAUAUUGUCAAAGAAUGAUUCUCGUCCUCAAGAGUUUGACCACCAUUCCCCAGGAAAAGAGACAACUUACUCAGAAGACUUUGAGUCAUCAAGACAGAAGUUAUCUGUAGACUUUGACGAAAAUUUGUGCAUUAAAAGUUUUAGAGGUGAUGUUGAAUCUGUAACUGUCCAUUCCGCAAGAAAUGAAAGUGUCACUGGACUCCAGGUGCUGUCUGAUCUUGACCACUCUAAACAAGAGGAAGUGGAUGGAAGAACAGAGCGUUCUCGAAGUGCUUCACCAUUUAUCAGCACAGAUGACGAAAUCAGUGAGCACCUAAGUGAAAAGUCCUUUUCAAGUUGUGAUAGUGUGCAUUCAGAAAAAUUUGUAGAUUUGAAAUCAAUUCAGAGCAGAAAUGUAGAGCACGGUGUUACAGAAACUGAGGAACAGACACCUGUGCCAUCACACUCUCCUUCUCCUUGUCACACUCCUACAUCACAUGAAACUGAUGAAAUGCAAGAAUUCCAAAUUGGUGAUAGAGUUUUAGUUAGUAGCAUCCAGCCAGGCACUCUACACUUUAAGGGAAGAACCAACUUUGCAGAUGGGUUUUGGGCUGGCGUAGAGCUGGAUAGGCCAGAAGGUAAUGGUAAUGGGAUGUAUAAUGGGGUUGUGUACUUCAGAUGCAAGGACAGGUAUGGCAUUUUUGCACCUCCCCACAAGAUUUCUCUUUUACCCAAGUGUUACGAUAAGGCCAUCAAUAUUGUAAAAGAUGAAGAAGACCCAUUAUUAGAAGUCAAAUUAGAUCAAGAUCAAGACAGUGGGGAAGAAGGAAGGCCAGAGCUUCCAGAAGAUGAAUCAAAGCAGCAAAAAGAUUGUAGAUAUUACCUCAAGAAAACCUCUGAUCAAAUUGAUUUUAAGUUGACUCAGUCUGAAAACAAUUUAAAUGACCCAAUUGCAAACAUUAUGUUUUCUGAGUCUAUUGCCAUUGAUUUGGUUCAUGAUAGCAGUAAAUCUUUAAAUGAUCAGAAUCUAGAGAGUGUGCCUGAAUUUUGUAAGGAGGAACAACAACCCAAAUUUAAAGAUCACGAUGAAACGCUCAGUGUGGCUGAUGUAUCCAUUAAGAAGCCACCCAAAAUUACACUGGAGAAGGACGCUGAUUUCCUCACUGAGUUGUCUGUGCAUUCUCCCAGUGAAACAGAAUUAUCAUCUCCUGUUCAUAAAAAGCCACCAACCCCUCUCUUGGAUCUAUUGAACAAGGAGAAGAAGCAACUUGAGGCACAACUGAAAGUACCAAGCCUCAGUUCUGAAUCUGAAAAAAUGUUUGACAGUGAGCAUUUUAAAGUGGAGGAGUCAAAGGCCAUUUUUGAAGACAAUGAAGACUUCAGAAAAGAACAGAAGGACAAAGAGACAAAAGCUAGCUCUUUGGCUGCUGAUAUCCUGUCUUCCUAUCUGAAAGAUGCAGUCAAACAAUUCCAGCAAAUCAAAAAGGCUAGAGAUGAAAAGAUUGAACUAACUAACCAAGUGUUAUGUCUCAAAUCAGCUGAAGUAUCCUCACCCAGGACAUCUCCCAAGUGUAUGGAGGUACAAAGUGGAGCUGGUGUUCAGUUACAGACUUCAGCUGAAAGAGAUGACAGUGACGAGGAUAAGGAAGAAAUAUUAUCUCCAGAUCUUUGUCCUAGACCUGGCAGUCCAGUGUUUGGCACGAGUGGGCAGGAAGAAUUGGCCAAGCGCCUUGCGGAGCUGGAACUGAGUCGUGAGCUUCUUGAUGAUCUGGGAGAUGACCAGGACUGGUUUGAUGAAGACUUUGGAUUAAGUUCUCACAAAGUGCAGCAGCCAGGACCAGAGCUAGAGCCACAAUUACCAAAGACUGUGGCUCUGAAAAUCCGUGAAGAGCAGUAUUUUGCUGUACCUCAUGAUGCACUGGAAGUUGAGAAGUUAGUUCACACAGCUGCUGAAGAGCUUUGGAAGUGGCAGGAGUUGGCACACAGUCUCUGGGAUAUUCAGUUACCCCAGGAUUAUUUUGGAAAUAACAAAGGACAAAAUGUAGAAAGUGUCAGCAAAAGAGUAUAUUGUGAGGCUAUAUUUAACUUAACAAGAGAGAUUUUCACUGAGAUCUUCGCAGAAGACCCCAAUGCCAGGCAACCUCCAUGGAUGAAGUCGAGCAGAAACUGCUCUGCUUAUUUUAGGCGAGUGAGGAACCCACAGGAUAUCACUGAAGUGAAGAGUUUCAUUUCCAGUGAAGUUCUGAAGCUGUUUGGGUUCAGUAAAGAACAAAACCAUAAGACUGACUGGCAAAAAAUGAUGAAAUUUGGCAGGAAGAAACGGGACCGAGUGGAUCACAUUCUGGUCCAGGAACUUCACGAGGAAGAAGCUCAAUGGGUCAAUUACGAUGAAGACGAGUUGUGUGUGAAGAUGCAGUUGGCAGAUGGAAUUUUUGAUGCCCUGAUUAAAGACACCGUAAAUAUACUAAAUCAGAUUCAAGAGAAACGAUCAAAGCUCACUGCAUCUUAACUCCAGUCACGCCAUCACAUGACUAGACUACAUUAAGAACUCAAGCAUGUCAGCAAGCUGACCUUCAACCUCUGAACCUAUCCCAUCCAGUGGGUCAUCACCUAGCAUGUUGGUUUGUGAAUGAGAAGAUGAUUUAUCAUACUGACCUCAUCCUGAAGUAGGCAGCGUGUGGAAGCCAGAAGUGCCAAUUUUCCCUUCCCUUCUUUAUUUGUUAUUAUUCCAUUUAUUUAUCUAAACUGUAGCAUAGUUUUGAAUUGAGAAGUUUGCACAUUAAUUUUGUUCUGAUUUAUGCCUGUUUACUUUUUAAAAAUGUGACCAUGUAUCUGGAGGUGCUAUGGUUUCCAUGUUUGGUGUUUUGCUAGCUUUGAAAGUUGAUGACUCUCAACAUGCAUUGAGGGUAAACAAGAUCUCUGAGCUAGAAGUGUAUCUGCAUGAUUGAAGUGGAAGGCAAAAAGAUUUUUGACAUAGCUUCUUCAUUAACCUUUUCUGUUUUAAGUUAUUUUUAAAGAAAGCAUAGUGUUUUAUUCAAUUAAAUGGGCCCUAUUGAGUUCAUUCUAGGAAAUGUUGCACCUUUGAGAUCACUUGUUAGUUCAGGAGCUGUUUUCUUAAAGAACUAUAAUUUGAGUCACAGCAUCUUGACUUGGAAGUGAAUCAGUGCAGCGUUGUUCCUUGCACUCGUUUGUAUACUGCACUCCAAGGUAAAACUGCACCUAAAGAAAGAUUCUUUAGUAGAUGGAGAGAGGUAGUCGUGGAUGCUAGAUCUCAGAUUCCUUUACCUGAGAAACACAAAAAUGACUUCACUGCAUAUGACACACAUUGAGAGAAGUUGGUUGCUUUCCAAUUUGCACUCUUUUUUUCAGUGAUAUUAUAUCCAAGGUGCUACCUCCUCUAUCUUUGACAGUGAAUGCAAGAUGCUUAAUGAAUGGUUGAGAAACACUGGUUUUGAUGAGGAGAAUGGUGAUAUUUUUCAGUAAGGCUUACUCGAGUUGGGAUGCUGGCUGAACAUUUCCUUUUCAGUGUUCAGCUCCUGGGAUGGCUUCCUCACAGCUCCAGUCACCCAGGUUUAAUCCAGACCUCGGAUGCUAUUUGCAGAACUUGCAUGGACUCCCUGUUACUGUAUGGGGUUCCUCCCACAUUCCAAAGUUUUUGGGGUUGGUUAUGGGGCUGAUGUAAAGUACCCCUAGUAUGUAGGUGGUGGGAUGGGAACUGGGGAGAAAGUAUUGCAGGUAAAAUUAGUGGGAGACAGGAUUUUAUAGUAAAACAUUUGCUUCAUCAAGUCUGUGUUUUAGGGAAAUCUGGUCUUGUGGAAAUAGUCUGGGGAUCAUUGAGACUGAUCCUCAAACAUUAAAGGCUCAGCUGCUCAAUAUCAUAGUCCAGUUUCUGGGUUGGGACUGUUCCACUCACUGGAGGAGGUAAUCUUUCAGAUUGCUUUUUAACCUGGUUUUUAUAUUGUAUUUUAGUAUUCAGGGAACAUCUUUCUUUACCUCAUGAUCAGAACUGGGGCAUCUGUUUCAAGUAAUAAAAUUAACUUUCACCAAUCAGCUGGAACAGCAUUUUCUAUUGGAAGUCCAAAGAAAUGCAGUUUAAUGGAGAAACAUUCUCUUUUAAAAAUAAAA